GAGCCCUUCUAGAACCAAGGCCUGUCACAGGGCUCCAUCCUGGCAUCGCCCUGGAAGCCCUGAUGUCACACUGCCUUUGGAGCCUCCCUCACUGGCUUGGCCAAAAGGGCUUCCUCUGGCUGCUGCAUGUUGUGGGCUCAGCUCCACCAGCAGCAAAGAGGAUGCUGCGCCUGAUCCAGAGCCGGGUGAUGCUUCCCGGGUGGAGGAGAGAGUGUUGGACCAAAUCCCUGGCCAAGGCAGACUUCAGGCUGCCGACUCCCUCCUAUGUCCCAGCGGACGGGAGCACCAAGUACUCCGCUCCCAGUGAGCCGGCAACCCCAUCCUUUGUCACAAAUAUCUUCUGCGGGCACCUGUCCGCCGAAAACAUCUUCCCUUUCCCCUCAGCCCUCUCCCAGGAGCAAGAGCAGUCCCUGAAGGCCAUGGUGGGGCCCUUGGCCCGCUUCUUCGAGGAAGUGAACGAUGCAGCCGCCAACGAGGAGCUGGGGAGCAUAGAGGAAGACACCCUGGCGGGCCUGAAGAAGAUGGGCUGCUUUGGGCUGCAGGUGCCAGAGCAGCUGGGGGGCCUAGGGCUGAGCAACACACAGUACGCUCGGCUGGUGGAGGUGCUCGGCACGCAUGACCUGGGGGUGGGCAUCAUCCUUGGUGCUCACCAGUCCAUCGGCCUCAAGGGGCUCCUGCUCUUUGGAACCCAGAGCCAGAAGGAGAAGUACCUGCCCCGACUGGCCAGGGGCGAGAACUACGCGGCAUAUUGCCUGACCGAGGCGUCAAGCGGUUCCAACGCGGCCUCCCUUCAGACGGUGGCAGAGUGCAGUCCCUGCGGGAGCUUCUACACCCUGAGUGGCAGCAAGAUGUGGAUCAGCAACGGCGGCACAGCGGACAUCUUCACGGUGUUCGCCCGGACGCCCAUCAAGGACGUGACCACCGGGGAGGUGAAGGACCCGAUCUCGGCCUUCGUGGUCGAGCGUGGCUUCGGGGGCGUGAGCAGUGGCCCGCCUGAGAAGAAGAUGGGCAUCCGCUGCUCCAACACGGCUGAGGUGCACUUCGACGGCGUGAAGGUGCCGGCCGAGAACUUGCUGGGCGGGCUGGGCCAAGGCUUCAAGGUGGCCAUGGACAUCCUCAACAAUGGCCGCUUCGGCAUGGCCUCUGCACUGGCUGGCACCAUGCGUGGCGUCCUUGGCAAAGCGGUGCAGCACGCAGCCAACCGCAAGCAGUUCGGGAGCUCCCUGGCCAGCUUCGGGGCCAUCCAGGAGAAGCUGGCGCGCAUGGCCAUGCUGCUCUACGUGACCGAGGCCAUGGCCUACGUGCUGAGCGCCAACCUGGACAGCAAGGUGGCCAACUACAAGCUGGAGGCGGCCAUCAGCAAGAUCUUUGCCUCGGAGGCCGCCUGGAGUGUGACAGAUGAGGUCAUCCAGGUCCUGGGCGCGAUGGGCUACAUGAAGGACACAGGAGUGGAGCGAGUCCUGCGUGACUUGAGGGUCUUCCGCAUUUUCGAGGGCACCAACGACAUCCUCCGCUUGUACGUGGCACUGACGGGCAUCGAGCAUGCCGAGAAGGAGCUCCAGGGUCUGCAGAAGCUGCGCUUGGGCCCGGAAGCCCUCUGCAAGGAAGUGGGGCGGAGAGCGAUGCGCAAAGUCGGGAUUCCCACGGGCCUGACUCUGCAGGGAAUGGUUCACCCAGAACUGGAGGAAAGCGCUGCUCUGGUCACCAAAGCCAUAGAUCUGUUUGGUGAAGCCAUCGAGACCCUGCUGCUGACCCACGGCUCUGCAGUGGCAGACAAGCAGUUCCACCUGAAGCGUGUGGCUGACUCCGCCAUUGACAUCUACGCCAUGACUGUGACUCUCUCCAGGGCCAGCCGCACUCUGUCUCUGGGGCAACCCACAGCGCAGCACGAGAAGCUCCUGUGCCAGACGUGGUGCCGUGAGGCCUCCCAGCGUGUGCGCACUUCUCUGCGGGAAGCCACGUCCUCCAAGGGGGAGGAAUCCUUUGCCAGCAUGAAGCUGAUCUCGGACGCCCUGGUGAAGAACGGCGGUGCUGUGGCCGCCCACCCUCUGGGCUUCUGAGCGGAGUCUUCAGGGGGCCGGCAUGCCUAUUAAAGCUGGUGUAGAAGGA